AUGCGCGGCUUUCUCGCUUUCACCCUGCUCGCAGUGACUCCGGUCUCAGUCUCCGCAUCCCAGGCCUCGAACUUCAACGUCUCUCAAGCCACCGCCGAGUCGUACCAAUGGGGGGGUGGGACCACUAACGCCACCGACCUCGACACCGUGGGCUCGGACUUUGACUGGGACUUCUACGCGGUCGCCGACAAAUUCUCCACGUCCAGACCGGGAGACCUGCUCAAGUUCAAACCGGUGGACCCCACCAACCUCACAACCAUCUCGGGCGUCUCCGUCUACCGCAUCCAGUACGUCUCGGAGGACUUCGAUGGGACGUACGUCCCCGUGUUGGGCUACAUCGCGCUGCCGUACUAUCUUCCUGACAGCGGCAAGUUCCCAUUGAUUGCCUACGCCCACGGCACGAUCGGAGAGUUCCGAGGCUGCGCCAUCUCGAACGGCCCGGGUCUGUUCGACUACAGCAGUUGGAGCCUGCUAAGUGAGCGUGGAUACGCGAUCUUGGGCACCGACUACGCUGGGCUCGGCACGAACGGGACCGACCACAAGUACUGCGCGUUACCCGCGCACGCCAAGAAUCUGUUCCACUCGGCCACUGCAGCUCGCAAAGUGUUCGGGUCGGUGCUAACCAGCAAUUGGAUGUCUGUGGGGCACUCGCAGGGCGGCGGAGCCGUCUGGAAGCUGGCGGAAGACGUUGAGAGUAUCGCGCAGUCUCAAUGCGCCGACAAUGCGACGCAGUGCACCACCGAACCGGACAACUACCUCGGAACGGUGGCGCUCGCGCCGGCCACGAAGAUUUGGGAUAUGACCAAACUGGUGGCAGUGCAGCUGAAGUCGAGCGCCAACAUCCACGCGUACUCUAUCGUAAAUCUGAUCCCCAUGGUGGACCUGGCCAUCCAGAGGCUGCCCGCGUACAACUCGUUCAUGCUGGGCAAGCUCGCAUGGCUCUGUGCCAGCGGGAUGCUCGGACUUACGCUCGAUCUGGACUUGACGCUGUACCCGAAGCAGGAGCACUCGGGGGUUCUCACUGCCGCUGCCCCGGACUGGCUCAAGUGGAUCUCCGAUCGAUUCAGCGGCAAAACCACGACUGGAUCCUGCACGAAGGAGACCAAGCAAGCGUUUGACAACGAGUACGUCCGCGCGGCGCCAGAGAUCGACCUGAGCACGAACAGUGUCAACUAG